AUGGUAGACGUGACCGAGCCCGUUGCACCCGUCGAGGCAGUGAAGGAGACUGCCGGGGCCUCUAGCGCCACCCCCGAGGUAGAUCGCACGUCCGAACCGCACCCCAAAAACCCCCAGAACGUGCCUGCUCCCUACAACACCAAAACUGCCGUGAUUCCCGAGGGCAUGUCCAAAAACGAGUGGAAAAAGGCGCAGAAGAAGGCCAUAUGGGAGAGCAAGAAGGACGAGAUUGCCGCCGUCAAGAAGGAGAAGAAAAAGGCGGCUCGAAAGAGAAAACAGCUCGCCAUCAGCCGAGGCGAGAUCCCCGCCCCCAUCCCCCAGGAUGAACGACCCCCCCAGACACAACUCCCCAUUAGCAUUGUUUUGGACUGCGGAUUCGACGAGAUGAUGACACAGAAGGAAAAGGUGUCGCUCAGUGCCCAGGUGGGCCGAUGUUACAGCGCCAAUCGAAAGGCCGAUGCCAGGUUCGAUCUCACCGUCAACUCGUUCAACAAGGGACUCAAGGACCGGUUCAACAACGAAAUGAACAAGGUGCACGAGCUGUGGACCAACAUCAAGUUUGUGGAGGACGACUACACUGUGCCCGAGGACGAGACCGCAAAGAGCAAACUGGUCUACCUAUCCUCAGACUCGGACAAUGUCAUCAACGAACUGGAGGACGGAAAAACAUACAUCAUUGGCGGCAUUGUCGACAAGGGACGGUACAAGAACCUGUGUCAGGACAAGGCUUCCAAGCAGGGUCUCCAGACCGGUCGUCUGCCCAUCGCCGACUUCAUCAAGCUAUCGGGACGAAAGGUUUUGACCACCAACCACGUUUUUGAGAUUCUGCUCAAGUGGACCGAGCUCAAGGACUGGAAGGCGGCGUUUGAAGCGGUGCUGCCCAUGCGAAAACUUGACCCUGCCAACUACGGACGAGCCCAUCGACGAGCCCGAAAGAAGGCUCGUCUUGCAGAGGGAGCUGAGGGUAACGACGAAGAGGAUGAUGAAGAUGACGAUGACGAGGAGGAGGAGGAGGAGGAGUCUGUCUCUGCCGAGCCCGAGGUGGUGGAGACAAAGGCUGAGGUCGAGACUGACACUGAGACCAAGGCUGAGACUGAGGCCGAAACUAAGGCUUAG